AGUUGGCAUUAAGGGUGAAGGCAAACGACAUCAUCGGGAAGUUGCAGGCGGGCGGACGCUUCCCCAUCUCGCCACUUUGACAGAUCCCAAACAUGUCGGACAAAAGUGAAUUAAAAGCUGAAUUGGAGCGUAAGAAGCAACGGUUGGCCCAAAUCAGAGAGGAAAAGAAGAGAAAAGAAGAAGAAAGGAAAAAAAAGGAAACUGAUCAGAAGAAGGAAGUAGUUGCUCCUGUACAAGAAGAAUCAGAUCUUGAAAAAAAAAGAAGAGAAGCUGAAGCAUUGCUUCAAAGCAUGGGCCUAACUCCAGAAGCCCCUAUUGCUGAGCAACCUCUCCGAGUAGUAACAGCGGAUACCUGUCUAUUUCACUAUUUAGUCCCUCCUCCUAUGUCUCCAUCCUCCAAAUCUGUGAGCACGCCAAGUGAAGCUGGAAGCCAAGACUCUGGAGAUGGUGCUGUGGGAUCUAGACGAGGACCCAUUAAACUUGGAAUGGCUAAAAUUACACAAGUUGACUUUCCUCCUCGAGAAAUUGUUACAUAUACAAAGGAAACCCAGACUCCAGUUAUGGCUCAACCCAAAGAAGAUGAAGAGGAAGAAGAUGAUGUUGUGACUCCUAAACCACCUAUUGAACCUGAAGAAGAGAAAACUUUAAAGAAAGAUGAAGAAAAUGAUAGUAAAGCUCCCCCUCAUGAGCUUACUGAAGAAGAAAAACAACAAAUUUUACACUGUGAGGAAUUUUUAAGUUUCUUUGAUCAUUCUACAAGAAUUGUAGAAAGAGCUCUUUCUGAGCAGAUUAACAUCUUCUUUGACUACAGUGGGAGAGAUUUGGAAGACAAAGAAGGAGAGAUUCAAGCAGGUGCUAAACUAUCCUUAAAUCGACAGUUUUUUGACGAGCGUUGGUCUAAGCAUCGUGUUGUUAGUUGUUUGGAUUGGUCAUCUCAGUAUCCAGAGUUACUUGUUGCUUCCUAUAAUAACAAUGAAGAGGCUCCUCACGAGCCAGAUGGUGUGGCCCUUGUAUGGAAUAUGAAGUACAAAAAAACUACCCCAGAGUAUGUGUUUCACUGCCAGUCAGCUGUGAUGUCGGCUACAUUUGCAAAAUUUCAUCCAAAUCUAGUUGUUGGUGGUACAUAUUCAGGCCAAAUUGUGCUUUGGGAUAACCGUAGCAAUAAAAGAACUCCAGUGCAAAGAACUCCACUGUCAGCUGCUGCACACACACACCCUGUGUAUUGUGUUAAUGUAGUUGGAACGCAAAAUGCUCACAAUCUGAUUAGCAUCUCUACUGAUGGGAAAAUUUGUUCUUGGAGCCUGGACAUGCUUUCCCAUCCACAAGAUAGCAUGGAGUUGGUUCAUAAACAGUCAAAGGCAGUAGCUGUGACAUCCAUGUCCUUCCCUGUUGGUGAUGUCAACAACUUUGUUGUUGGGAGUGAGGAAGGCUCAGUGUACACAGCAUGCCGUCAUGGCAGCAAAGCUGGCAUCAGUGAGAUGUUUGAGGGACAUCAAGGACCAAUCACUGGCAUCCAUUGCCAUGCAGCUGUUGGAGCAGUAGACUUCUCACAUCUUUUUGUCACUUCAUCAUUUGACUGGACUGUAAAACUUUGGACAACUAAGAAUAACAAGCCUUUGUACUCAUUUGAAGAUAAUUCAGACUAUGUUUAUGAUGUUAUGUGGUCACCCACCCACCCAGCCCUGUUUGCCUGUGUGGAUGGCAUGGGGAGACUGGAUUUGUGGAAUCUCAAUAAUGACACAGAGGUGCCAACUGCUAGCAUCUCCGUGGAAGGUAAUCCUGCUCUUAAUCGUGUAAGAUGGACCCAUUCUGGAAGAGAGAUUGCCGUGGGUGAUUCUGAAGGACAGAUUGUUAUAUAUGAUGUGGGAGAGCAGAUUGCUGUUCCACGCAAUGAUGAAUGGGCACGGUUUGGCCGAACCCUCGCAGAAAUUAAUGCGAAUCGAGCUGAUGCAGAGGAGGAAGCAGCUACGCGAAUACCUUCUUAAUUCCUGAACAGGGGAUGUGUAGCCGUAGUAGAUUCAGGGAAGAUUCUAAUUAGAUCCUAAGACUGUCUGCAUGCUUCUGUCUAAAUGAUAAUCAAAAGGAAAUUGUGUGGAUUGAACUGUGGAUUUAAUGUCACAAGCAAGACUUACCCUUUUUUAUAACAUGCAUCUUGUUUUGGAUUUGUAUCAUUUUUAAUACAACUGACUGACUUUACGAAAUGUAGCCUUUUCUGAAUUCUUAUAUACAGUUGUAUAUUUCGUAUUAGUUAUUCUUUUUAAUUCAUUUGAAACUUACAACACUAUCAGCUAUUUCUAAAGCACAGUUGUAUGAGUUCGGCAUAUUUUUAAAUAAUCCUAAUUCCCUACUGUACUGUUACUGUUCUCACUAACCAUAAUGUGUGAGAUCACUGUGUACCGUACCCAUAGCAUGUAUCCAUCUACUCAAGUUCUACUCACAUUGCCUCUUUCUUCUUUAUACUUCAUGUGGUAGCAGUCUAUAAAUAAAAACAAAUAUGC